AUGGACAAUCUUCCACCAGAAAUACUCAGAGGGAUCCUUGGGUCCUUGAUUGCUUUGAAUCCAAGCUCCAAAAAUGAUAUACUGCCAUUCCGCUUGGUGUGCAAGGUCUUCAACGAGUUGCUUCGGGAGGACCUUCUCAAGACCGUCCAGCUAGAUUUCUCCCGUCUUGAGAGGAAUGGAAAGCCUCUAGACUUGAAAUACCUUGCAGGAACUGCAGACUACUGCGAUGCUAUCUAUGUCGAUCUCACGAUUAUACGUGACGACGAUGAAAUCCUACGCCUCCAAAAUGCUUUUGCCUCUAUCGUGGACAAAUUCCCCGAGAUGAAUGAUGUCUUUGACUCCCUUCGUCGAUACUGUAUGGGCUCAGCAUCGUUCGAUGAAAGCGACUUUAAGAAUGCGGUGACUACAAUGCUUGAUACAGCAAAUAAAGCAAGCUGCUUUAAACUCAACUUGCCAUUCCAAUUUGUAGGCCAAGCAAGUCGAUCAGGCACCAUGCUUUUUGCAACAGCUGCUGAGUGCCUUGCCAACCGCUCGGAAGAGGCAGCUCCUAUUGAAACCAUGGUGCUGAGCCACCUAUCCGACACAACACUGCUUGACGUGUAUCAAAAUCCCAUUGACCUGCAGAACGCCAUCAAGAUUUUCAAUCCUUUGAAGCACCUUGUCCUCUCCCUUAAGCGUCAAGAAAGCAGCGGCCACAGCCAGAAUAGGUUUUCUGCAGCUCUUUGGAGGCUUAUUACCGAGGCCACUAAUCUGGAAAGCCUGUGUAUCAUUGGCUGGAAUAGCAAAAGGACUACUGCAGUUCGUCAGCAUGAAUUGGGCUUUCAAGGAGAUUUGCAGAGUUGGCAAAUGCAAUCUUUGCCGUAUCACGAUAUCAAUGGAAGCAGCAACCUCGACAACCUCCGUUACCUAGAACUGAACCGCGUCGAUGUCGAGGCAGACUCCCUUCUUAACAUGGUCAAGAAAUGCGCUUCUUCUCUCAAAGAGCUUUAUUUGAACGAAGUCUACCUGAAGGUCAGGAUUGGGGAUGCCAUCCCACUAUGGAUCGGACUGGGACCUGAAGUUUCUAAGCCCCAUGGCGCAAAAUGGAUUGCCGAAGAACUCCAGGGAAUGCCGGGCCUGGAAUUGUCUAUUUUACGUGCAACCGCACUGGGUUACGAUGAGUAUGCGGCUGGGCGAGAUUUCGUCAAUCACGUACAAUUUGAUCUUGAUGACCCGUCUGGAAGAAAGCGCUCAUUUGAUGAUCGUUUCGUCGAGGCGGCGCUUGGCCAGGAUCCAUCUUCAUCUACCAUAUCCAAACCGAUGGCGGAAUAUGAUGUUGACAGCUUCCAACACGGCCACAACACCACCUCGCACUGGAGGAGCAGCAUUGAUGGUGUCUUUUACAAUCACAACGAUACAGCACUGGACGAGCUAAGGAAAAUACUUUCCGUUGUGGAAUGCGGCAUGGGCCUGCUGACUGCGGAGAUUGAUCGGAUCAAUACCGCCAUACGCUUUGAUCGUACCGCCACCUAA